CGCCAUAAACAAUGGCAGACCGAUAGAGGUCAACUUCGUCAUUGGCCGUCUUGAUCAGGAUCACCAUCCUCGCUUCUGUUUUGAGGCUCCUACGACGAUAAAGAUGCAGUGUUCCCCGCAUGUAAGCUGUCUUGCUGCAGCUGGGUGGAACCCCUGAUAGUACAUAUAUGGCCAUCGUCGGCGGACGAGAUCCGACGCCGGACUCUGAGAUGAUCGACUGGCCGUCUGCCGGCAGACAAGUCGGCUGGGAUAGAUCCGAGGGGCGGGCUGGUUUCCCAGAUAGGAUUGUAGCAAAGAACGUCCGGUCUCGCUCUCAACGCCCGCUUACCCCAACCUACUCUAUAUGUACUCUCGUGGAGUUGGGGUCAACCUUUCCAUCAUCAAGAACAUCAUUCAGCUCGUUGUCUUUUGACUGAACCGCUUCGCAGGUCUCACCAUGGGUUCUCUGACGAGUUCAUCAAGUCUCACAAUCAACCAGGAGAAGCUGGCCAGCUCUCUGCACGAGAGCUGCCAGUUCGGUGCCGCUCAUCGAUGGGGCAAAAGCACCGAAGAAACGGGCAUGGCCCGUCUGGCUCUGGACGACACGGACAAGCAGGUCAGGGACUGGCUGAUGGAGCAAGCCAAGACUCUCGGCCUCAAGGCCUUUGUCGACGAGAUGGGCAACCAGUUCAUCGUGCGACCUGGAAAGCACAGUGAUAUGCCACCCGUCAUGAUGGGCUCCCAUCUCGACACGCAGCCUACUGGCGGGCGGUACGAUGGUAUCCUGGGUGUCAUUUCCGGUCUCGAAGCUCUGCGCACACUUGUGGAUAGUGGCUACGAAACAGAAGGCCCAAUUGGUCUGGUAAACUGGACAAACGAAGAAGGUGCCCGCUUCCCCAAGAUGGCCGUGUCCUCCGGCGUCUGGGCUGAAGCCGUGCCACUGCAAACAGCUUGGGAUCUCCGUGAGGUCCUCGCCAAGGACGGCGCGCCCAAGUCCAUGAAGGAGGAGCUCGAUCGCAUCGGCUACUGCGGUGAGCACAAGGCCUCGUACAAGUCCAACCCCUUUGCCGCGCACUUUGAGCUCCACAUUGAGCAAGGGCCUAUCCUCGAGGACGAGAAGCUGAAAAUCGGCGUUGUCAAAGGCGUCCAAGCGUUCAAGUGGUUCAACAUCACCGUCAAGGGGCGCGACAGCCACGCAGGCACGACACCUCUUUACGCCCGCAAGGAUCCUGUCCUGGCCGCCUGCAAGCUUGUCGCUGCCGCCAAUUUCAUUGCGCAUGAAUUCCAGGGUCUUGCGACGACGGGGAUCUUCACCACAGACCCCGGCACCGUCAACACCAUGGCCCACACGGCGACGUUUACUCUCGACUUGCGCCAUGUCCAAGACGAGGUCCUGGCCGAGAUGGUGAAGGCGUGUGAGACCGAGUUCCAGCGCAUCUGCAAGGAUGAUAGUGAGCAGGGUUGCGAGGUGCAGUGGGAGCUGCUCGUGGACAGUCCUGCCGUCGAGUUUCACAGCGACUGCAUCGCCGCUGUGGAAGCGAGCGCGGCGGACGUCUGCUCCUCACUGCCGGAAGCGCAAGGGGGAAAGCAGCUGUGGAAGUAUAUGAUUAGUGGUGCCGGGCACGACAGCUGCUACACCAAUAUGCGGGUGCCUACGAGCAUGAUCUUCACCCCGACCAGGUCAGGCAUUAGCCAUAACCCUACCGAGUACUGCUCGCCGGAAGACUGUGCCUUGGGAGCCAACGUAUUACUUGGUGCUGUACUUCGAUAUGACAAGCAGCGAGCCAAGCCGAGUUCCUAG